UAUUAAUCAAGAACAAAAGCAUAAAGCAUGUAGUCCAAAAUUUUGAGAACACCGCCAUCCAAGCGGGACGGGAGAAACGCAAAAAUUCCCCACCCUUUCUUCCCCUCCAAAUUCCAAAUCCAUCUCAGUUCGCUUUCCUCAAUCCUCACCCCAGUUCGCCAUGACGACGCUCUUCCUCGCCCUGCAGUGCGUCCAGUGCUCCACCAUGCAGGUGAAGCAGCAGAAGAAGAGCAGCAACAAGUGGGUCUGCGUGGUGUGCAACCAGCGCCAGUCCGUGCUCCGCGUCCACGCCCGCGGCUACCGCGCUGCCGACCUCCGGCGCUUCGUCCAGGACGCCAACCUGUCACGCGGCCGCGGCGCGCCCGUUCCCGAGGCAGACUCGGGCCCGGCGGCGGACGAGGAUCAGCAAUACGAGUCUCCGAGGGAGAAGAGGCGCAUGGAUUGGACCGAGUACCUGGACGAUGCCGGGGAGCGGGAUGGCGGCUGCGGCGUAGUGGGAGCGCGGGAUGAGGGUAUAGGGAUUGAAGUGACAACUGAAUUACCUCAGGAGAGACAUAAAGUUUCUUCCUCAAAGAGGCCUCCCACAGCCCAAUUGGGUGUAGCUGGAAAAAGGCCCAAGCCACCAAACAACCCCUCUUUAUCCAAUUCCAAGAUGCAGCAAAUCGAACAAGGAUCAACUCGCUCAACUCUAUGCACUGCAACAUCUACUGCCGAAGCACAAAAAUCAAAGUUCAGCAAGUAUUUGGACGCUAGCUUCUUUGAAGAUAGAAGGCAAGAAGGCUCUGGGCUCCACUGGACUGAUCUCGAUGAAAGUGCCACUACCGAGGUACUGGUGGAUGAUGAGGUACACCCGGAUUUCAUGUGAUUUUGAUCUGAUCUUGGGUUGUGACAUGAUAUAUUUUGAAUAGCAUGUUAGACAAGAUCAAAUGACUGUUGGUAAAAUGUUACUGUGAUCGAUGGCGCUGUAGAUUUGAGUACAUUAAGUUGGACAAAAAAAAAUGAUCUGAAAGAAAAUUAUGGUACAUAUGGACUUCUCCAAACAAUGAUGUUAACAGUGCAUUUGCUCAAACUCUUGCUUUCUCCACGCUUAUCUUCAUCCUUUUCAUUUCAGAUAUAUGGCACUAAGAUAUCCUUAUUUUAAGAUUAGGAGUAAGAAUGUGUCAUACUAGUUUGAAUGAAUCUAUCCUAUUUGCUUGAAUGUGUGAAUACGUACAAGUGUUGUUUCAAUUAACAAAGUAUCACAUCACCCCUUUGUUUGAGUUAUGAAUAACACAUUAACAUGCCAAAUGAUGGGUUAACUUGAGGAUGUUUGCCAACAAAUUUUAGUAGCUAGACACUUAAUAAUUCUUAAAAGAGAAAAGGCUGCAAAGUACUUCCUUUAUUGGGGAACUCCAAAUCAAAAGGUAUUCUACUUAGAAAGAAAAAUUGCUGCAAAUUUUUCUGUAUUGAUGUAGGAGUAUGAAAUUUUAACUCAUAAAGGUUUGGUUCAAUGUAUCGCAUGAAGGAUGUAGCAUUAAUAUAUGUAGCCUUCUAAUAGGGAUCCUUCAAGGCUUUAACUGAUAAUGUUUUAGCAUAUAUAGUCUAACUAAUGGAAACAUGUUCUAGACUGCUAGUCUCUACUCUAGCUGACUGAAGUCCAAACAACUCAAUGAAGAUGUUACUCUGGCUCCAGCUAAUUUUUGUUAUAACUUGCCAACUCCAUUUGUCUCAA